AUUGCUAUAUCGAUCGCAAACAAGCUGUCAUCUACGAGAAAACUGUGUUCUGCAAUGGUCCGAAUGAUAUUUUGUGUUUUUCUUUCCCUUUUAUUCUUUUCAGCGCUGCAUGGAUUGGAAAAUGACGACCACGAUGUUGAAGUAGAACACGGACAUUCUCACGAGGAGGGACAUAAACAUCACUCUCAUGGACAUAGCCAUGAUCAUGGCCACGGCCACGGCCACAGCCAUGAUCAUCACGGCCACAGUCAUGGUUCACACGGCCACAGCCAUGGUUCACACGGCCACAGCCAUGGUUCACACGACCACAGCCAUGAUUCCCACGGCCACGGCCACGGCCAUGAUCAUCACAGCCACAACCAUGAUCAUUAUGAAAAGCAGAAGUACAUUCAUCAUGGAACAAGCUCUUCUUCUAAGCUACCAUCCCGCGAUGGAAACUUGACAACUAAAUGGCUUCAAGCAAUUGGCGCAACUUUACUUAUCAGCGCGGCACCCUUCUUCAUCUUGUUCUUUAUUCCACUUCAAAGCAACUCGGCCGAACAACAACCGCUGUUGAAGAUCCUUCUAGCCUUCGCUUCAGGAGGCCUUCUUGGAGAUGCGUUUCUUCAUCUGAUCCCCCAUGCGAUUUCUCCGCAUUCGCACGGAAGCGGUGAUGGCCACGAGCAUUCUCACUCUCAUCAACACAGCCACGACGGCGAGCAUCAUCAUGACCACUCUUCAGAAAUGGCUGUCGGUCUCUGGGUUUUAGCUGGUUUGAUUGCCUUUUUGAUGGUCGAGAAAUUUGUUCGGCUUGUAAAGGGAGGGCAUGGCCAUUCACAUAGUGCCCCGAAAAUUGUAGCUAAAAACGGUGAUGUGUCUCCGAAGAACGGACAUGAACAUGACGAUUCCAUAUCAGGAGAGACUGAUCAAGAAAUACGGAAGAGAAAAAAGACAGACGAGGCAACAGAGAAGGACAGUAACUCAGACAGUGCGUCAGAACCACAUGAUCAUGAAGAGGAUAUCAAAGUGGCAGGCUACCUUAAUCUUGCAGCUGAUUUCACUCAUAACUUUACUGAUGGACUAGCCAUAGGUGCCUCUUUCCUUGUGAGCCGUAAUCUCGGCAUAAUAACCACUCUUACAAUUCUUCUUCAUGAAGUUCCUCAUGAGAUUGGUGAUUUUGCUAUCCUGGUACAAUCAGGAUGCAACAAGAGAAAGGCAAUGUUUCUUCAACUGACGACAGCCACAGGAGCAUUGGCCGGUACAUUCUGUGGCUUGCUAGCAGAAAACAUUGGUGAAUCGGCAACACUGUGGAUCCUGCCCUUCACAGCUGGUGGUUUUAUUUACAUCGCAACAGUGUCUGUUAUUCCUGAAUUGCUAGAAGACACUAAAUUAGGACAAUCCAUCAAAGAAAUUCUGGGGAUGUUGGUGGGAGUUUUAAUGAUGGUGCUUAUUGCUAAAUUUGAGUAAUUCUUUAUAGAAUAUUUUAAGUUCUCAUAAGAGAUUAAAGAUAAAUCCAUUACUGCAAGUCUUCUCUAAAGUAAGUUGAGAUAGUGCCUUUGGAGUUUAAGUUUAUGAUUGCUGACUUACAGAACACAAAAUAGUAUAAUCUGACGUCAGCAAAUAUAAAUUAAGUAGUAAAUAUUUACUAUCUAAUGGUUUAAAUUCACCCCCUGAAAAGUGACAGUUUUUUUUUUCUUUUCUUUUUUUUUUUAACCCAGAUAA